UAUUACCACUAGUAUGUUUUUUUCGUAGCCAAAGUGUUACAGUAGUUCCGAACAUGGGAAUUUCCUCCGCAUCCCUCGACAAUGAUCACAGAAUGAUUGCUACUGCUUUUAUGUUGCGUAUAGGUGGCGCAGUCGCCGGCCAAAGCCAGGCUGUGCGAAUUCUUACACUCCCCCGAUGUGGUCCUUCCCCCGGAACGACUCCGGGGAUGCUAAUUAUGGGAAGUCAUCGUCGCUCGCUGGCCUCGUCCUCUUCUGGGAGCAACGGAUCCGAACCAAGACUUUCCAGACGCAACAAGGUGGACCUUCUGGCGCUUGCAAUGGGGAUCUGUGGCGGCGUGGGAUAUUAUUAUCUGUCAGAGAGCGGCGAAACAUGGGAAGAAAGGGUACGUAGGACGAAACACCGGUUGGUCGUUUCCGUUUUAGAAUUGGAAACCAAACAGGCAACAACCCGCUAUCAAACCCAAGGAGUUCUAUUUGAUAAGAAGCGAGCUGUUAACGAAUACGAAUGUACCCCCAGGAUCAGAAAUUUAGACCAACGCCUAACGAAUGGUCCGUUUUCUGAAAACAGCCAAGAAGCAUACUCGAAUCGUCCUCCGCCCGCCGUUCGAAGAUACAUAGCUGAUACGAUGACCGCCUCUUCAGAAAGCAACGGAAAUAUUCUCGGUGGUAGGGAUCCGUGGUUUCUUUAUCCGAAGGCCGUCGCGAGUAUAUAUCAAAAAGGGGAAUUCUAUGCGGCCAACCAGUGGUAUCCCUUCGAAGCCACAAUGAUAGCAUCGACCUCCCUUGAAUGCCCGGGGUUUGUCUGGGAUGCUCGUACGACCAUCCUCGCAAUUCCUCACAAUGUGUUGGAAUAUUAUAUUCCCCACGGAAGUGACGGAGGCAAGAUGAUCACACACGUUGGCGAAGGAAAAACCGUGACCAGAGCAUGCGGGAAGUAUCCACUGAUUCAAUUCGAGGAAGACGAUCCUUACCUCUUUUUUUGGUUGGCCAUGACGCCCAUGUUUCCGGGAGUCUUUCUUUCGCAGCACGGCGAUUGCCGGACGGCUAGCACCAACCUGCUCGAGUGGAGCAACCUCGACAACAAAUUUGGCUCGCAAGAUUACGCCAGUGGGAAACUUCUCUGUGACGAUGGGGAACGCUGUUUGGUGGAAUUUUUCUUCAACGAAGAACAGGGUAUGUUCCUAUUGGAACGGAUCCAAGUUGCCUCCCGCACUGGUGACAUCUGGCAAGCGAGCUACAGAGACUACCGGAAAUUUGAAGUGGGGACCGAGUCAGCCGCACCUAAAGAGAAUAAUCAACGUUCUAAAAACCACCGAGCCAAAAUACCAAUCGAAUCAGAUUCUCUGGGUACAUCGGGCGGAUCGAUUCUUCUGAGACUACCGUCCAAAAUCGAAAUCGGCAAGGGGCAGGGGGAUAAAUACCGAUCACAUUUGAAAAUGAAGAAUCGCCAUCUCGAAUACUCUACACCGUGAGGAUCUUUUUAAAAUUUCUCGUUAUCAUCUUCUGUGGCUCUCAGAACCAAACAUUAC